AUGUUUAGAAUGGCUUUACGUCAGAACAAUAGACUUUCUUUGGGUGUUGCUGCCAACAGCGCUGCCAACGUCCGGCUCGCUAAGGCUGCUGCUGUGGCCUCCCAGCAACAGCGUACUUACGCCGAGGUGCUCCCCCAUUUCAACCCAGAGACCUCUGAAGGCGCUUCCGCAAACUCAGAUAUUGCUGCCAAAUAUCGCGCCAAGCUUGAGGCAAAGGCCACUAAAGAGGGUCUCUCAUCUGUUAAUGAGCUCAAGGAAAAAUACAAGGACAAUAUUGAAACACAAAAUGCUCAGUACAAGAAGAUGGAUCCAUAUGCCAAAAUCAAUGAGGCCAAUGAAAGCGACGCGCCUGCUCCAUUGAACGAAACUGGAAAGGCUGCUUCGGAAGCUAUCAAGAAUGCACCAAAAGUGCCUUCUUCAGAUAUCAAAGAGCUUGAUACCUUCAUUGACGUGGAGAAGUUUAAGCUUCACGACCGCAAGGAAAUUGAGAUGCUCUGGAAGCUCCGAUUUUCCUCUAAUCCUCUUGCCAUUUGUGGUGUUGUUGAGGGCGAGACUUUUGCUAAUAUUUACAAAAAUGCUCGUCAAAACCCUAUGUUUGUUCUCCCUCUCCCCCGUGAUGCCCCUGAGCAAGAGGGUGCUACUGAGAACGACAAGAACGGCAUUGAGAUGCACUUGGUUCAGUGGUCUUUUGUUGGUCCCUAUACCAUCCACUGUCUCUUCACCACCCUUGCUGAGUACAAACUGCAUCAAGAGUAUGCUAAGCCUCACACAACUCUUAUUCUACACAGCGAUCUUUUGGCUGACAAGGGUAUUGCUCUCCUGAACGGAACCGUCGAGAAGGAUGUCCCCGUUAAGCUUGAGGAUGCUCAUCUUUUGACUCUGUUCCUUCAAAAGAUUUACAGUGCCACUCCUGCCACUGCAGCUGGUAAGCGCAAGCUCGCUCUUUUGGAUGGCUUCACCAAUGGUGAUGUCAACUUUUCUGUGGAUGCUCUCUGUUCCGAGGUUGAAUCUUUAGAUUAA